AUGCUCGAACUUCCCGGUAUUCGUCGCGGACUGAUUGUGCCAAUUCCAUCCUCACGUCAUUUGCCACCUCGCCCAGUGAAGCCAAACCACUUCGUUGUGAGGCGUACAGCGUCACCAGUGAAGAAACCAGGUCUUUCAUUGACUGAACGUGCUUGCUUGGCAACUAUGGCUGCCGUAGCUGCAAAACGAAUUGCGGUGCAUCAUGGGGAGAAGUUGCCUGAUGAGUAUGCCUGCAGGAUCCCAAAGACGGACUCCGAGAUCCUCAACUUCUUCCUCAGCUUUCUUGCACAUCAAGGAUUGACGGACGUGCCGGUGUUUGUCAAUGGCGGCUAUGUGAGGGACCUGUUGCUGGGAAAGGAACCCGAUGACUUGGAUUUGACCUUGUGUCUUCGGGACUGCCCAGAGGAGGUCACUGUUGCUGCGCUUCUGGAUGAGAUGAAAGGCUAUGUAGAAAGCAGGCCAGAGUUGGGCAUCACAGAGUUCAAGAACGCAACCAUUCUCUCCAAUGAGUCGAAAGAUAAGCAGCUGGACACCUUCAAGGCGCACUUCACCAACAAGGAUGGAGUGAAGACCGAGGUCGAUGUGAUGCCGACCAUUGGUGAGGAGAAAUAUUCGGAAGACAACAGGAUUCCAGAGCGAGACCAACGUGGACUGCCAGAGGAGGAUGCGUUGCGUCGGGAUUUGACCAUCGGAGCCUUGCUGCUUCGUGUACAGCGAAGCGCCGCUGCCGGCGACGGAAGCGACGCUGCUUUGGAAUAUGAGCUUUUUGAUUUCUACGGAGGUGUGAGGAAACCCGAGCUGCCGACGUUGCUUUUGAGUCCGGUUAACAAGACGGUGGAGGAGGUCGCAGAGAUUGUUUUGAGGUUGCUGGGCAGUGCUUUUCUGCAAGCAUUUUGCAACUGGCAGCCCACACGACUUCUGCCGCGGCACCUUGACCGCGGCCCUCGUCGGUCGGCUGAAGGAAGGGGAGCAGAUGCUGAUGGCAAGGAGAUCGUCUACAACUACUUUUCCCAGGACUAUGCCCUGAUCACGCGGAAAGAGAAGGCCUUUGACCCAGGCCAGUGGCUCUCCGAGCUCUUGCCAUGGUCGGCUGGAGAGCUAAAGGCCCGCGAUGCCAUCGACGAGGUGUUACCCAAAUGGCGCGACUUGGAGGUGGGCCCAAGGACAGAAGAAGCGCUCAGGAGACGUUUUCGAGCCCUUACAGGAGCAGCUGGAGGUGAGGAAGCAGCCUUGGCUGCCAUGAAGAAGAACAUUGCAGUGAUGUACUUUGCAGAGGGUCAAAUUCAAAGCGCUGGAGAAGUCCUUCAGCGCAAGUUGGGCAAAGAGAGGGCCAGUGAGGUGAUCCAGAAGAAUCCUGGGGCUUUGACCAUCGAUCCAAAGAAUCUGGAGAGCAACAUUGCAGCUGUUUGCCUCGCAGCUGAUGCUGUCAAUGUGAUUGUGAGCAAUGCAGAGGUUUCGCGAUUUGCUGCAGGAGGAAUUGGGCUUUUUUUCGCCAUUGGUCUUGGCAAAGCCACUUUCGACGUGAUUGCUUUGCGUGCCUUCAGUGGGUAG